AUGAAGCUCACCUGGGACAUCAACGACCCCAAGCUGCCACAGGAGCCCAAACACUUCGACGCCUUCCAGGAAUGGCCGGACGGUUACGUGAGGUUCAUCUACUCCAGCGAGGAGAAGAACGCCCAGAGGCACCUCAGCGGCUGGGCCAUGAGGAACACCAACAACCACAACUGUCAGAUCCUCAAGAAGUCCUGCCUGGGGGUGGUGGUGUGUGCCAGGAGCUGCACCCUGCCCGGGGGAGCCCGCCUGCAGCUCCGCCCCGCCAUAUGCGACAAGGCCCGGCAGAAGCAACAAAAGAAAACCUGCCCAAACUGCAGCUCAGCCCUUGAGCUGAUUCCUUGCAGAGGACACAGUGGCUACCCAGUCACUAACUUCUGGAGACUCGAUGGCAAAGCAAUCUUUUUCCAGGCUAAAGGAGUCCACGACCACCCCAGGCCAGAGAGCAAAUUGGAGGCAGAGGCAAGAAGAAGUGCAUUUAAGAAGCAAAUGUCCUCUUUUCACCACUCCCAGAAAAAGAGACCUCUCAACUCAGAGGUGGGAAGGUACCACGACGGCACCAGUUACACCAGUAACCUACAGACUCUGCCCUGCAUGGAUGGCCCAGAAAGGGUUGGGAUCAUCACAGACACCAACUUUUCCAUCCCAGCCCAGUCUUACCCCUCGCUGCAGAACGCCGACCUCUACAAAGCAUCUUAUGACCCAUCCAGCUUCCAGGAGGACCAGCUCUCUCCAUACCCCAAGUGCUCCAACCCAAGGAUCUACAUGCCCAAGCCAUGCAGCUACGAGUUUGGAGUUCCUACCUUCAUCAGCUCCAGCCCUUACCCAACGUUUUACAAAGAUCACACAAGUCCUGCCAUCGACUCAGAUCCCCUCAGUUUGAACGGACCUCACUACAACACCAUGACCACCACCCAUGAGAAGACCUUUGAUAACCCUGGCAGACACUAUGGACUGAAACCAGCUUGGGGGAAAACUGGAGGUGGAGACAGGAGUGACUAUGGGCAACCAAGUGGUAACCACCCUUACUGCAGUGGGGACUACCCUUGCAGGUAUGGUCCCAACCCCUCUCCCAUAGCCCCGCCGUUGCAGACGGUCAUCACAACCACCACCAAGGUGUCCUACCAGGCCUACAAGCCACCCACACUAAAAUACAGCGACAACCUCUGCGACGUGAAGAACCUCCAGAGCUACACCCACGUGGCAGAAAACGUGUCGGGCGCCAUCUAUUCGGGGAUGAAGAUUCAAGAAGACUUUGGGAUGAUCAAGUCAGCGUUGCUCUACCAGCACGACCCGCUCUCCACAAAGUCUAAACCAGCUGAGGCUGUGGAGAAUUAUCGGUAUGGGCCACCAUCGUUGGGGAGCAGCUUUGCUGAGCAUGAAGGUCAGACCCUGAGGUUUGAGAGUGCUGAAUAUUGA